CUCAUUUGUUGUACACACUUCAGUCAGCGACAAAUGUAAUGCGACUUAAAGCGAGUGUCUGAACAGGCACGACCCCCGAGGAUCAAAACCUAAGUUGUGAUGUGAUUUCUACCUCUAUCGUAUCUAUGACCAUUGACCACGUCAGCACGUGUCGAUGUAGCCAGUGCUCCACAUUUCGAUGAUGGCACCAACCGUCAUCUCAUGGCUGUCAGAUGCCAUUGUUCGACCCUCAAUCGCCGCCUUUGUACCACCACAGCUCACCGUCGCCCUUCAUAUGUCCCUACUCCAGGGCUCUAGUUUAUCGCCGUAUUUCACGGCCGCUCUGACGCUGGCCCAGCGGACACAUCAGCAGCUGCACGACGCUGGAUCGGCUUUUCAGAGUGUCCCCUUCGAUCUGAUCAUUAUUGGCCACGCGCUCGCCACGUCAGCAGCGGUGCGGAUCCCGCUGCUGCGACGCCAUUGGCUGCUGUGCUUCUGGACGGCGUUCUUCACCGGAUAUGGCGGAGGCACACUCACGUCCCUCCUCCUGCAUGACCACUUUGUGUGGCUGCGCAACGACUAUGUCCUCCUGCUCUUCGCCCUUUGCUGGUGGGUCAUCACAUACUCGCCCUACGAUCUGGGGAAUCGCCUCUAUUCCUUCACACCCAUCAAGCUCCUGGCACGGCUGGCAGCAAGCAUUGCGCGCACAGGUGUCGUCAUCUCCAGGAUUGACGGAGCAGUUCGGCGCUUUGGCAAGCACUCGAUAGUAGCACCACUCUUUAUUGGAACGCUCGGAGGCUGCGGGGGUCGCCUCGUGCUGGACCUCGUUCUCUCCAUCCUCGCCCCAUCUGCUGCCUCUCGCGCCGAGUUAUUGUACCCCUCCUGGCUCUCCCGCUCCGCCUUCCUCAUCACUCUCGGCUACUCACUCACCGUGCAUUGGACUGCCUGCUGCUCCUCCCAAGCUGCAUAUGGCGCCAUCGCAUCCUUCCUGAUGGCGCACAGCACAUGGGAGGUCAUCUCACGCUCACCUUGGGACCCCACUGUUCCACUCUCCUCCUCCUUCCACUCCCUGCUGUGCAUUCCCUUCCCUCCCGCCGCCCUCUCCCCAUCACGCCACCACAGUUCUCCCCCUCACUCCAAGCCCCAUGCCACUGCCACCAACUCACCAUCCUCCUCUCAACCGCCCUCUCACAAUCCGGCCACCGGAAGCAGCAGUUUGAGCAGCAGCAGCCAGCGCAGCAGCAGAGAGCAGGAUGGCUCCGAAGGCACACACCACCCAGACCUUGCGAAUGGGAAGGACAGCACUCGCUCUGGAGCCACCUCCAUUCGAGAAAAAGCAGUGAAGCAGAGAAAGCCCAAGAGGGCGUGACACGGAUCCUGAGGCUUUGGCUUUGACACAUAAAGAAACAGGGCGCUCUGCUGUCAGCCUGCCUCCCCACCUGAAUUUGGGGUGAAGCCGCCAAGCACAGAAAGCCCGAGGGCGUGAGUCAUGCGUGGUACUUCAACUGAACAUGGGAGAGAGCUUAGUCAUACGCAAACUUCGGUUCGGAUGUACCACACCCUGUGCUCAGUAUCCCAUGGAAGUCCCGCCCCCCCCCCACCAUACCUGAUCCGCCGUUGUGAUGUGUGUCCCUACACGAUGGUGGGUCCUUUUAUGAAUCAAUAUGUGAUUUCUGAACUUAGUCCUGUGCGAAUCUCACAGCAUUACACCACAUAGCUUUUACAGCACGAAGGCAGGUACAUUAUUCCCACCCCAGCUCUAAUACAGAACCAGGACGGUGUACAUUCUUAGAACUGAAUGAAUAAUGGAGUAGUGA